CUAUCUUGACCCUCAUUCCAGCCAAAAGCCUAUUGCAUACCACUAUCGAAUUGUGAUACACACUCUCCUUUCUUUGCUUACUGGCCGCACUUCUUAUCUUUCUUUGUCUGAAUUGUCUUAUCAUCCAUCCACCCACUUCUCUUGAACCAUCCUGCGAUAAGCAAGAUCUCCUUUAUUCUUGCUGCCGCCCUAUCUUUGUCUAGCAACCCACCACUUCUAUUUCUGGCACAUUGCCUUGUCCUGCGGCAUUGAGUAGGAAAAGGUCGACCUUACAUAAUGACCAUCGCUUCUAGACCCAAUGCCGGACCGUUGACCGUCCUUGUGUCAACAAGGGCCGUGCUCACCUUACCGGACGACAGCCUUGUUCUUAGCCCGGCUACCAUAUCCAUCUCGCCUAUCACCGGCAAGAUAGUAGCGAUUGUUCCUGAUAUCUCGCCUCAGGCGUCGUUCCCUCCAUCGACCACGUAUAUUAACUAUGGGUCGAAGCUCUUAAUCCCGGGACUUGUAGAUGCCCAUGUGCACCUAAACGAGCCCGGCCGGACGGAAUGGGAGGGUUUCAAUACCGGCACCCGAGCGGCUGCUUCCGGUGGUGUGACUACCGUCGUUGACAUGCCGCUCAACGCCAUCCCGCCAACUACGACAUUAGCAGGAUUCAAAGAGAAAUUGGCCGCUAGCCAGGGCCAAUGCUGGGUCGACGUAGGUUUCUAUGGAGGCGUCAUCCCCGGAAACGCACAUGAGCUUCUCCCACUAGUAGAAGCCGGAGUUCGCGGCUUUAAGGGUUUCUUAAUCGAGUCGGGUGUGGAAGAAUUCCCGGCUAUCUCGUCCAAUGAUAUUGCACUUGCAAUGAAAACGCUGAACGGCACACCGACGACGCUCAUGUUCCACGCCGAAAUGAUCCCGCCGAUUGCGGAUUCCGUUGGCGACGCAGUGCAAGCGUCUGGACCCCCUUUAGCACCACAUGGCGACUUAAAAUCGUACCAAACGUUCCUCGAAUCGCGACCUCCGUCCUUCGAAACCUAUGCGAUCGACGAGAUUAUCUCGCUUGCGCACCUAGCCCCAAACCUACAUCUGCACAUCGUGCACCUGUCCGCGACGCAGGCGAUCCCGAUCCUGAAGGCCGCCCGCAAGUCCGGAAUAGACAUCACCGCCGAGACUUGCUUCCACUACCUGGGACUAGCGGCUGAAGGAGUUGAGAAUGGCGACUGCAGAUACAAGUGCUGCCCACCGAUCCGCGAGCAGCGCAACCAGGAUGGGCUUUGGGAAGAGCUAACAGCGCCGGACUCAUGUAUUAAGACGAUCGUCUCUGACCACUCGCCGUGUACACCCGAGCUCAAGCUCCUUCCAUCCCAGCUGCAAACCAUCGAAGCGCCACAUAUGCACCACUCCGACUCGGGUGUCGACAUGACAGCCGAUCUGGACCUCACGACUGAACAAAAGCAGGAAGGAGCCCAGAUCGCGAAAGAAGUGGGCGAUUUCUUCGCCGCAUGGGGCGGAAUUUCGUCCGUCGGUCUCGGAUUGCCCAUUCUUUACACCUCGGCACUCAAGCGUGCCAAAGCAGGCAGCAAGUCCGCGCCGGGCAUCCUCGACAUCGUGCGCCUAUGCUCCGUCGCGACGGCGAAACAAGUCGGGCUCUCUCACCGCAAGGGCGCGCUAAAGGUCGGCAUGGAUGCGGAUAUCGCCGUCUUCGACGAUGCCGAGGAGUGGAUGCUGAACUCCCACGGCAUGCACUGGAAGAACAAGUGUUCGCCUUGGGAGGGCCAGCGGUUCGCGGGCCGCGUUAAGGAGACUUGGGUUCGUGGAACGAAGGUGUUCGAGUACGGGGGCGCGAACGGCGGAUUUGUUGGCGGGAAGCCUGUUGGCGAGGCUAUUACUGAGAAGAGAAUUGCUUGAACUACAUAGCAAGGUGAGCUUGGUGAAUUGAGUUGUUCCCCCGCCAAGACCGAUGCGCGGGGGCCGCAUGAGGGGUCAGGGGAGAUCGAGAUGGGGAUGGAGGUGGAGGGGUUGAUGAUUAACGGUGAGAAACGGAACACCGUGAUGACCUUGACGAGCGCCACGUACAGCACCUAUUUA